AUGGCAAUGUUGUUAAUGGGGUUGCAACAUGGAGACAUGGUUGAUUAUUCAUCAUCAUCCAAGGCAAACUCACCACUUUCACUCAUCUUAUUCAUUCAUAAGACGAUAUGUAAUGAGCUGGAUGUGCUUCACCAGUUGGCAAUGGGCUAUGCCAUGGGACAACAUGCAGCAUUUUCGGAGCAGUUUCGUUUUCUCCGAUCCAUUUACGAGAACUACUUAAAUGCCAAAGAUGAGGUGAUAUUUGCAGCUAUUGAUACACGCGUGAAAAAUAUAGCACCAACGUACUUCCUUCAACACGUUGGUGAAAAGACUCUUUUUGAUAAUCUGUCUAAGCUGCUGAGUUCUAGCAUACAAAAUGAGGAAACUUUCCCAAGGGAGUUGGCGUUUCUUACAGGAGCCUUACAAACCUUGGUUGGUCAAGGCUUGGCAAAGGAAGAGGAGCAGGUCUUCCCUUUGCUUAAUCAGAACUUCUCACUUGAAGAGCAGGCAUCUUUAGUGUGGAAGCUUUUGUGCAGCAUCCCAACAAGUGUAGUGGCUAAGUUCCUCCCCUGGUUGUCAUCCUCGAUUUCGCCUGAUAAAUAUCACGAUCUGCACAAGUGCUUGAGCAAGAUAUUACCAGAGGAGAAGCUUCUCCAACAGGUCAUUUUUUCUUGGAUGGAAGGGAAAUACUCUCCGGUGAGCAUGAUAUCUCAUAAAAAGAAUGGAGCAUAUUCUGUAUCUGAGUUCACUGGAGAGCAUCCAAUAGAUACUGUAAUGCUUUGGCACAAUGCUAUUAAAAGAGAGUUGAAUGAGAUACUUGAGGAGGCCAAGAAGAUACAUAUUUCUGAAGCAUAUGACCUAUCAGUUUUCAGUGACAAGCUACAUUUUAUUGCUGAAAUUUGCAUCUUCCACAGUGUUGCUGAGUCCAAGGUCAUAUAUCCUGCAGUAUAUGGAAAAAAUUUAUCUUUCCAGGAGCACUCAAAAGAAGAAGGUGUUUUCAAUCAGUUUAGGUGCUUGAUUGAAAGUAUACAGAAGGCAGGAAAAAUUUCUUGUUCAGUUGCUGAACUUAAUUCAAAAAUAUGCUCACAUGCUGAUCAAAUCAUGGAAACUUUAACGCGGCACUUCCAUGAUGAGGAAGUUCAGGUCCUUCCACUUGUGCGAAAGCACAUUAGUGUCACAAGACAACGGGAACUUCUGCAUCAAACAUUGUGUGUGAUGCCCUUGAAAUUGAUUGAGAGUGCCUUGCCAUGGCUGGUAAACUCAAUGACGGCAAAUGAAGCCAGGAACUUUGUUGAAAACAUGCAGCUGGCAGCAACAGCAUCAGAUAUUGCUCUGGUCCAGCUCUUUUGUGGUUGGGCUAGCAAGCCUUUUAAUGACAGCUGCUCAAGUGCAAUAGGAUGCUGUUCUGUCAAAAGGUUUGGUAAUCGUGAUGAAGAAUUCGGUCAAUCAUCAGGUACCUAUGCUUCUGCAUUGUCGACUAGAGACAUCUGUUGUGCAGCAUACCAAGAGACUAAUGCUUUCAACUCUCAUGGGUCCUGCUGUAUCCCAUGUCCAGGACUAAACAUUAACAAUCCGGGUCUUAGUUCCUUCUCUAAGGUUAAGUCAAUUAGUUCCUUGCAUCUCAACUCUAUUGCCCGAUCUCACUCAGUCUGGGAAACAUAUAAUAGCUUUUCGGCUACUGGACUUACAGAACAGCCAAUUGAUGUUGUUUUUCAAGUUCAUAAGGCAAUACGCCGUGACUUGGAAUAUCUAGACAAUGAAUCUCAAAGACUCAGCAAUUGUGAUGAGAUAUUUCUUCAGCAGUUCAUUGGAUGUUUCUGCUUGUUAUGGGGCCUAUAUAAAGCUCAUAGUGAUGCUGAUGAUCAUAUAGUGUAUCCGGCAUUGGAAUCCAGAGAUGCACUUCAUAAUGUGAGUCACUCAUACACACAGGAUCACAAGCAAGAGGAACAGGCAUUUCAAAAUAUUUCGGGUGUUCUGUUUGAGCUUUCACACCUUCACGCAAGUAUGAUAGGUUUUUCUAGUACCCAAUGUAGUGAGUCUAGUGACCACGUGCAAAAGUACUAUGAGUUAGCUAUCAAUGUUCAUGUAAUGUUCAAGACACUAAGAAUGAUGGUAAACCAGCAUAUGUCCAGGGAAGAGCUUGAACUAUGGCCGCUAUUUGGGAAACACUUCUCUGUGGAGGAGCAAAACAAAACGGUUGGUUUCAUAUUGGGUACUACCGGUGCUGAAGUGCUAAAAUCUAUGUUACCAUGGAUAACUUCAGCACUUACUGCGGAUGAACAGAGUAAAAUGAUGAAUACCUUCAAGCAAGUUACCAAAAAUACAAUGUUCAACGAAUGGCUUACUGAAUGCUGGAAGGAAACUUCAAUCUCAACUUCACAGACUAGAAAGCUUGAAACUAGGAUUUCUCCAAAAGGAAGCCUGCGGCGAAUUGAUCACACAUUCAAGUCUCAUAAGAAGAAUAACUUGAAGAAUCUAAUGACUAGUUACUGGAUGGCUGCUCAGCAGAGUUUACCUCAGGCCUUAGCAGAGGAUAGAUUUGAUGGUGACGAUUCAGUGGGACAGUCACCAGAAUUUCGAGAUCCCGAGAAAAGAGUGUAUGGUUGUAAGCAUUACAAAAGGAACUGCAAACUCCAUGCUGCUUGCUGUGGCAGGCUGUUUACAUGUAGAUAUUGCCAUGACAUGAGCAGCGACCACACAAUUGAUAGGAAAGCAACAACAGAAAUGAUGUGUAUGCAAUGUCUUAAUAUUCAGCCAGUUGGGCCAAUAUGCUCGACGCCUUCUUGCAACGGAUUCCCAAUGGCAAAGUCUUAUUGUAGUACAUGCAAACUUUUUGAUGAUGACAGGAAUGUAUAUCAUUGUCCAUUUUGCAAUUUAUGCCGUGUUGGGAAGGGCCUCGGCAUUGAUUAUUUUCACUGCAUGACAUGCAAUUGUUGCUUGGGCAUCGGUUUGGUGAACCACAAGUGCCGGGAGAAAUGCCUAGAAACUAACUGCCCUAUCUGCAAUGAGUUCUUGUUCACAUCAACUGCAAGCAUUAGAGCUUUACCAUGUGGCCACUUUAUGCAUUCAGCUUGCUUGGAGGCCUGCUCUCAGAGUCACUACAGUUGUCUAGUCUGCAGCAAAUCUUCAGGAAAUACGAUGAUGGCAUCAGCUCAGUCCUCAAUUCUGGUUGGUGGAGAUGAGACCAUGGAAUUUUUCAACUGUGAUCAAAGAGCUCAAAUGAAGACUUCAUGGACUAACACAAAUCCUGAAGGAAGAUUCAUUGGCCGCACCUGGUUUUGGGUAAAUAUGUUAUAUCAUUCUGUGUUAUGGUUUAGACUCCACAAUGUGAAGCAUCCUCGGUUUCUGCAAGGAUUAAAAAGAGGGUUGGAGAAUGCAGUUACAGGACAGAAGACCAAAGACAGGUUCCUGAUGUGUUGUCUGGCGCUGUGCGUUUUGGUGCUGUUUUGUGUCUUAAGUGCUGUUCUAAUUUUAGUUUGGUUCAAGGCAUUGGGGAGGAACAAGUACAAUAUUUUCAUGUGGUAGAUUGUGCCAUCUCUUUCCCAGAGAAGAACUCAAAACUUCAGGUUUCAGAUUUUUUUUGUCCAAUAAAGUCCCUUGUAGUAGGCGAAUACCGGAGUUCGAAAUUCUGAUUUCCGCUUGACGAGUUUGAAGGUAGCAAACCUUUGUAUAUGUGGUUGGGAAUUAAAGUCCUCAAAGUGUGCAAACUGCGGAUAUUGUAAUAAGGCAUUUUUGGCAUGUCUUUAGAAGAUGGAUGUCCAUGAUUACACUACCUCCUUUAAAUGGACAACCUUUGAUUUUGACACAUUUUCGACAGUAAUUUAUUAUUAUUUUUAUUUU